AUUACACUAACAGAUUACACUUACAGAUUACACUCACAGAUUACACUUACAGAUUACACUAACAGAUUACACCAACAGAUUACACUAACAUAUUACACUAACAGAUUACACUUACAAAUUACACUAGCGAAUUACACUUACAGAUUACAAUAA